ACACUGCAGCCUCCCUCCUCCUCCUCCUCACACAGUUAUUUGGGAGUCAGACCACAUUGGGCAGCUGAAGAUGGAAGGUUACAAAACUUUUUUGGUUUUCCUUGUUUCUACCCUCUUGCUGGGAUUCCUGGGAGUGAUUUUUACUCUAGUUUGGGUUCUUCACUGGAGAGAGGGACUUGGCUGGGAUGGAGGAGCUGCAGAAUUCAACUGGCAUCCAGUCUUGGUCACCUCAGGCUUCAUCUUCAUCCAAGGCAUUGCUAUCAUAGUGUACAGAUUGCCAUGGACCUGGAAAUGCAGUAAGCUGCUGAUGAAAUUUAUUCACUCCGGGCUUCAUCUCACAGCAUUAGUCUUCACCAUUGUGGCUCUGGUGGCCGUGUUUGAUUUUCACAAUGCCAAAAACAUCCCAAACAUGUACAGUCUGCACAGCUGGAUUGGACUGACUGUUGUCAUCCUGUAUGCCUUACAGCUUGUUCUAGGUGUUUCAGUCUACCUGCUUCCUUUCGCCCCAAACACUCUGCGAGCUGUCCUCAUGCCCAUUCACGUUUACUCUGGUUUGUUAAUCUUUACUACAGUGAUAGCCACUGCUCUAAUGGGAAUCACAGAGAAACUAAUCUUCUCCCUGAAGGAACCACCAUACAGUAAAAUGCCCCCUGAGGCCAUAUUUGUCAACACUUUCGGUCUCCUUAUCCUGGUAUUUGGCGGCCUGGUUGUUUGGAUGGUCACUACACCAGCCUGGAAGCGCCCUCGGGAGCAGGACAUAAAAACCUUAAGCCCUACUGUAUUUUCUCCAGAGAGAACAGAGGAAGGUUCCACUGUCACAGAGAAGUCUGAUGUGGAGUUAAAUAGUGAAGCGGCCAGGAAGAGAAUCCUGAAGCUGGAUGAAGCAGGACAAAGGUCAACAAUGUGAACAGGUUUAGGCCCUGUUACUGUGGAUUUUGCUUCAUUCCUGGAAAAUAUUAUUUGGGAAUUCCAACAUUAUUCCUGCAAAACAACGCAAGGUUACUCAGUGUUUAUACACAGGAAUACAAGCCAGACAGGGACUGAAUGCGUUCAGGCUAAUUUAAUAACAUAGGUGAUAGAUUGUGGUACCUGUUGCUUCCAUUUUGUAACUUGUAGUAGGCUAAGUGAUUGAUAUUGCCUGUGUUAAAAGAUGUAAACCCUUGAAACAAAUGAAUGCUGAAUUGCUUGUGACUGAUACAAUUCAUUUGAAACAACAGCGCCAUCUGCUGUUCAGUUCUGUGUGCCACCCACAGUCGGCAGAACAUUAAAUUACUGAGCGAAGUCUUGUGAUGUUGCUCUGAGAAAUUUUAUAUUAAUUUGUUUUGAGGGUUUACUAAAUCGGCUCUAUAAACUGUGUAACAGUGGAUGUUUUCAACAGGUAUGCUCCAGAUCUUGUAGCGCAUAGCAACCAAUCAGAUGUUAGCUUUAAAGGAGAACAAAUCAUAUAAUUGAUGUGGGGUGUCAUGUUCGUAGUGGAUGACCUUCUACUUGGGGCCGGUGCAGUUUUCAUUUGACAGGAGCACCAGCAUGGGGUAUCAGUUAAUUUAAAUUGCAGGCCAUAAGCUAUUGCUGCUUUGUAUUUGCUAUAAGAAUGUAUAACACCCCACAGAAAUUCUUGCACCACACAGAUGAUUUUAGAUUAUUUUAGGGAUUCUGUAGCAUUACGACUGCUUCACUAACCUGGUAAAUGUUAAAGUGAAAAAGGUAAACUACACUUUAUAUAGUUUGUCCUGCCAAGAAUAAUAAAUAGGAAAGGCAUGAUGCAUUUUAUUGGAAAUAGUUCUCAGUCACACCUACGGUGGGCUAGUCAUAGCAGCACCAUAGUCUCAUUCUACUGGUGAAAAAUAGAAUUGUUUUUGGAGGAAAAAUUUGAUCAAAAAAUUGUUAUGGUAACAAAUGAAACAACACAUAUUUAAUAUUACUGUAAUAGAUUUUACCCCCUAAAGUCACUAUAUACGUGACAACACGAACACGUGAAAGGUUAAUGACACGCAAUGACAUUGUUUUGGGAUGCUGGGAAUUAACAGAGAGUGUCUGAUGCACACACAAGCAAUUGCCCAUUUAUCUGAUUUCAGCUAACUGACAUUAUUGUAUGUACUGGCCAAUGUAGGGGUCUGUUUUGAUAGACUGCCCUGACAUCUAAUCAAAUCCCAGUCAGUGUCUGUCAGAUGGCCUUAUUUACUGGUGUUUCCCAUCGGCCUAUAGAUGGCGGUAUCAGCAGAUACUAAAGGCGGGGCCCACGUCUCCUUUCUGAUCCACACACCAUGUUAUUUAGCCAAAUAUGUUAUAAUCUGAUAUAUAUAUAUAUAUAUGUAUAUAAGCCCUUAGCUACUUUAGCCUUGAUACAAAUACAAGUUCUAUGUGUGUGUAUGUAUAUUAUGUGUAUACAUACAAAUAACUCUUGGUGUCUAUAAUAGUGUCAUUCAUAUAUAGAGAAAGGAGAGAGAGAUCACCAUAGACAGUUGUUCCUUACUAGAGAAGCUACUAAGUACUUUGCAGUUAUGAUAUUAUGUAUACAGUAGAACCCCCAUUUUACAUUUUUCAGGAAACCAGGAAAAAAUUAUGUAAAAUUUAAAAUCAGGGAA